AUGGGAGAGUCGGAUACUAGGACCAAGGAGGAGGAAGUUCAAUUAUGCGAAUCAUGGGCGGCGGUCACCGUAUGCCCCAUUACCGCCAAUCACCAAACCCUUCUAAGGAUGUGGCUCAAGGUUCAUGAACAUUAUAUUGAAAAUUGGAUGGGAUCAACACCGGUUCGACCGUUGGGAGCUCUUCAAGCUCAUUUCAAGCCCUUGAAGAAGAUUGUCAAAGAGUGGCACAAUGCAAAAAUUCAGUCGGAGCGUCAAAUUAAUUUAAAGUUUAUAAGGGUGACUAAGAAGCAAUUCGACCAUCAUGAAUGUUGGGAGGUGGUGAAGGACCACCCUAGUUUUAGAAAUGCACCUACACCUCCGGUCGCCCCGUUUGUUUAUUCCAUGGCUAGUGGUUCCCAAACCGAAUCACCAAUUGAUUUGGAUGAAGAGGUUGUAUUGGAGACGCCUCCUAGCUCUGUUGGAAGGCCAAUGGGACAAAAGGCCGCCAAAGAAGCAAGAAGGAAAGUAAAAAAUAAAGAGGAUGUGGGUGAAUCAAUGGUUCAAGCCUUACUCGCCAUUUCCGAGAGCAACAAAAUUUCCAAUGAGAUUCUUAGGAAAAAGGAAGAGAACCAUUGUGCCGAAUAUGAAAAAAUAAUGACAUUUGAAGAGGCAAAAGAGGAUGCAAGGAUAAUGGGCAUGCCAAAUAAUGAUAAGGCAUGCCAAACAUGUGUGUCGUAG